UGCGUACGCAUGUCAUAAACGUUGAUAAAAGCGCGGUUGGUAACUUCGCUGUCCAUUCGACCUGCCAUUUCCCCCCAUGCGCUGGCUGGCUGUGGUCCUCCCCGUUGCGGGAUUAGCAUACGCUGCUCAGAUUCCACUGCACCUCAAACCUGCUUUGCAUGGAGAGACAGAACUUCCCUUGUCAGUCGAUACAUCCUCGACCAAUUGGGAUUUCAACGUGAAGCCCAAUGUCAACUCGACCAGCCAUCUCAUUUUCGACACUGUGAGCGCGCUCUUACAGCAUUGGCCGAAUACCCGUUAUCGCAACGGGCACAAUCUGAUACCCGGAAUUGUACCCGUUGGAACGCUCCUCUAUCAUGGACGUAGUGAUUCGAAUCUCCCCACCGUACCUCAAUGGACCGCCACGGAUCCCGAGCACGCACACCCGUUUUGUCGUGGCACUCUGGAGACGGGAUGCUGGCAGCUCACUCUGAUCGCUACCCGGCCUCUCAAUGUGCUGUAUUUCGAUGGCAGUAGCGCUGCAAAGAUGAAGGGAGGACCCAUGGAUACCCAGGAUAUCGUCGCAUGGCGCAAACUUGUCCCGGAGUGGAUGUUCAACGAGAGUAGAAGACUAGCUGACCUCUGCCUAUGGGGACAGAAGUUUGGUUUGGAUGGCUUCGUGAGAAUGGAGAUGGACUUCGAAAUCAUGUUAUGCGAUUUUACGGCGGGCGUAGACGUCGUUUCGUUUCUAAACUUGGUGUCAAAUGGGAGAGGUCCAGGUCGUGGAGGCCCCGGAGGCCCAGGCGGUCCACCCGGUAAAGAUCCCAAAGGUCCUCCCCCACCCGAUUCGCUAUCUACAGAUCCAUCUGCAAGCGCUGGUGCUUUCAGUGAAGUCGUGCAUUCUGGAUCAUGGCACAAUAGGUAUCCGGGGGAAACGCGCAUUCAACUCGAUCUUGCACGGAUGGUCUCAUUUUACGAUACGUCUUUGGUUCCGAGUCUAGUGCCCUACAGAUUCAACCAGGAACGUUGGUUCCACCACCUUGAAGGGAUCAGCGAUGACGAUAUUUCCGCAGUCAUGGACCGUCUUGAACAAGCCGUGCAGACUGCGCAUGGAAGCGGAUCCGGCAUUGAUUGGACCACUUUGGUCCAUGUUAUUGUAGACCGUUUUGCAGAUCGACUAGAGAUGGUGCAAUAUCUGUUGAACUCAACCGAAAGCCCUGAUUCAGAUGACCUGCGCGCAGCGAAACGGGUUCAGACCCAAUUGAAAGCCAUGGUCCAGCCCUACCAACUUCAGUCGGUUGUUCCACCCUCCGUUUCUUCGGACGACUAUUCCUGGGCCUUCCCGAUCUUCAAGUUAUGUGCGACAACACACACAUCUCAUAUCCCCAAGAACAGGCUGACGCGAUCAGAACUCCUGAUCUUAGAAUCGAUAGAUGAGACGAAUAGAGAGAUCUGUCGUGUCGUGACCCAAAUGUGGGCUCAAGGCGUUUUGGCCGGAUUAGAUGAUAUGCCUACGCCUACGAAACUCGAAGAAUCGCCGUCGCCUGAUCUUCUUCCCCAAUGGAAGACUCAAAUCAGCGACUUGAUGGCUUGGUUAGAUUGGAGUAUAUGGGUUAAGUGUAGGCCUGCUUGUGGAUUCGAGGAACACUGUUACUUACCUAUGUGGCCUUUCUUCCGUGGCGGUGGAGGCUUCCCUGGGAGAGGACCGAAUCCUCCUGGCGGACCCGGUAAACCAACUCCAGAGGAACCAAAUGAUUGGGAGAAACCCCAACCCAGAUGCAUCCGUAAAAUCGAGCCCUUUGAUAUGUGAUGAGGUGUGAUUCGUUGACGAGCACCUACUUGACCUCUUUGCAAAUCUAGUGUACCCAUAUAUCUCAUCC